CAAUCACAAAAAAUUAAGAUUAGGAGUUGUCUUUUGUUCCUUUACCUCUCUCAUACAUUCACAACCCAUCUAAAUAAAAAGGGAGAAAACAUAGGCUUUGCUCUUUCCAUACACCAACCAAUAUCUAUAGUCCAGAGGACUCAUAGUGCAAAACUGAAACACCUACCAGGUGUUUGAAUUAAUUCUUGUUCCCUUGUGAGCUAGCCAACUAGGUGUUUGAAUUAAUUUCUGUUCUACCAAAAAGACAAAACAUGAUCAAUUCAAUGUGUGGAAGCUCAGUGUCUCUCAAGAGUGAGAACUCCAGAAACAAACCUCAACCCACUUCUCCAAAUGAAUCAGUUUUGCAGUCCAAGAAAAAUGCCACUCAAUCCUCUGCUGAUUUAGAGCAGACAAGCCUGAAUCUAACCCCACCAAGCUUGAACCUUCCUGCACUCAAAUUUGACUUGGAUGGAGAUGUGGAAGUGCAAUCACCAGACAGUUCAAUGUGGGAGUCUUUUUUCUCUGAUCAUUUAUUGGAUGGUGACUUCAUGAUCUCUUCUCCAGUGAGGAAUAAUGUUCCUUCCCCACAAGCCUCUACCUUCAACAGCAACUAUAACUAUGCUCAUCAGGGGAUUCAAAGCCAAUCUCUUUCAGGGUGUUCACCACCUCGUUUUUCAUCCCCUCUUGGAGCCUUUAACAGUAACAAAGGGAAAGGACUUAGUCCUCUCCACAGGGUGUUUAACUCACCAAACAACCAGUACAUGCAGCAUGUUGAGAACCUUGCCCUGCCAGCAAUUGAAGAGUUCUUGGAGGAGUAUCAAGGAGAUCAUGGCCUAGGUGGUGGUGGAGGGUAUUCAAAUUCAUCAAACAAGGUCUCUUCUGAUAUUGGAAGCUCAUCUGAAUGCUUUGACAUGCAAAAUCACAUUCCAUCCAUGUUGGACAGCUUGACAAUGCAAAAUUCCUCAAGGUACUGUGGUUCUGUUAGUGAAGAUUCCUCAGUGCAUGGUGGUUCCUCUCAGUUGUCCCAAGACAGUGAUUUCUAUCAUCAGAUGGGGUCCAUGGCUAGUGCUUCCCUCUCACAAGCUCUGCAACAAGAAAGGUACCAAGAGAAACAGCAAAAGCAACACCAAACACAACAACAGCAACAGCCCCAGCAACAACAACAAAAUCUGACAGUCCCUAUUCCAAUUGGAAUGGACCAGGAGCAAGACAGUGGCCUUCAACUUGUGCACCUACUUCUAGCUUGUGCUGAAGCAGUGGCCAAAGAGGAAUAUAUGCUGGCAAGAAGGUACCUGCACCAUCUGAACAGAGUUGUAACACCACUAGGCGACUCCAUGCAGCGCGUGGCAGCAUGCUUCACUGAAUCACUCAGCGCAAGGCUCGCUGCAACACUCACCACCAAGCCACAAAGCAUCUCCAACGGCACCUCCAUGCCACGAUCAUCAUCAUCAUCAUGUCUCUCACCCUUCCCAUCAAACUCCAUAGAAGUCCUCAAGAUCUACCAGAUCGUCUACCAAGCCUGCCCUUAUGUAAAAUUUGCCCACUUCACCGCCAACCAAGCCAUCUUCGAGGCGUUUGAGGCUGAAGAACGCGUCCACGUGAUAGACCUGGACAUCCUCCAAGGUUAUCAGUGGCCCACGUUCAUGCAGGCUCUCGCAGCGCGCCCUGGUGGGGCACCCUUCCUCCGAAUAACCGGAGUGGGACCGUGCAUCGACUCGGUCAGAGAAACAGGUCGGUGCUUGACCGAAUUAGCACACUCCCUCCGCAUCCCCUUCGAGUUCCACCCGGUAGGGGAACAACUAGAGGACCUAAAACCACACAUGUUUAACCGCCGCGUCGGGGAGGCACUGGCGGUUAACACAGUCAACCGCCUCCACCGCGUCCCCGGGAGCCACUUGGGGAAUUUGUUGUCCAUGAUAAGAGACCAAGCACCUAACAUAGUGACCCUCGUGGAGCAAGAAGCAAGCCACAACGGGCCUUACUUCUUGGGGAGGUUUCUUGAGGCACUGCACUACUACUCAGCGAUCUUUGACUCCUUGGACGCCACGUUUCCGCCGGAGUCAGCUCAGAGGGCGAAGGUGGAGCAGUACAUAUUCGCGCCGGAGAUAAGGAACAUUGUGGCGUGCGAGGGGGCGGAGAGGAUAGAGAGGCACGAGAGGUUGGAGAAGUGGAGGAAGAUCAUGGAAGGGAAAGGGUUCAGAGGGGUGGCGCUGAGUCCGAACGCGGUGACUCAGUCGAGGAUAUUGCUUGGUCUGUACUCGUGUGAUGGGUACAGGUUGACGGAGGACAAAGGGUGCUUGUUGCUUGGGUGGCAGGACAGAGCUAUCAUCGCUGCCUCUGCAUGGAGAUGCUGAUUUACAUGAUGAUGAUGCUAAUAAUAGUCCUCUUCAUGCAUGCAUUGAAUCAUGCUACGUUAAUUAACAUCCAUGUUCUUAAUUAUACCACUUAAUUUGUGUGUUAUAUGAAUUUUUAUUCUGUUGUUAUUUAGUGCUUGCUUUUUGUGUAAGCUUUUAGUAUCUGGUCAUAGAAAUGGAUGGUCUCCACAAGGGAAAUUAGAGAAUGAAAGGAAGCAGCUGGUAGAUGUGAAGGAAAAGUGAGAAAUGGGAAAGUGUACUAGCUGCUUGUUUUUAUUUGUCGAUAGAAUUAAUGUUUUGGUUGAAACAGCAAUAUCUGACUGUAAUUUGUUUCUAUAGGUGUAAUUAAAUCAAGGCAAACUUUUCCAUGUUGUUUGGUGAGAGAUAGUUAUUAUGCUGUUUCUCUCAUAGCCAAUAAAUGAAUGUCAAGUGGAUGCUUAUGUCAUAUCAUUUAAACUUAUAUAAUUGUUAAAUUGGUCCUCUAAAUAUUUGUAUUAUAAAUUUUACAAUAUAGUAAAAAUAGAUUUAUUUUUUCAGGAAAUGAUUAUUUUCUCGUUUAGAAAUUGAUUUUACCUUUAAUUUAAUCAUUUCAAAAUCACUGGUGUCAAAAAAAAGUUUGAAAAUCACUUUAACCUACUCCUUCCUCCUCCGCCGUGUUUCAUCUUUCGGUCAAGCCUAGAAGCACUGCUGCCGCUGCAAACCCUCCUCUGCCGCAAGCCCUCCUCUACCGUGAAGAACCUCAUCCCCACAAGCCCCUUUUCGUCUGAAGAUCAUCUAAUUCGUUGUGUGCACGGCGUCUCGGAUGGUCUCCUUGUGGUCAUUUUAUCACCACCGCAUGUGGUUUCCAGAAGCCAAGGAAUUCUGCCCCUGUGCUAGAGAGAGGUGAAUGGUCUGCAACAUUUGAUUUCCUAAGACACAAUGCACCAAUCAUUGUGGUGAAGUUCAACCAUUCUAUGUUCUGAAGGAAUAUCUCUAAUGCUCAGGAAGUGAAGUUUGUGCAUGUUGGGUGGACCAAUUUGUACCUCCAAGACUGGAAGAAAAGAGCUGCAGCCUUACAAUAUUAUUGUCAUUGGUAGUCAGGAUCGAACUAUAACAGUGUGGACUACUUCAAGUCCCCGCCCUCUAUUUGUGGCUAAGCAUUUUUUUACUCAGGCUAAGCAUUUUUUAUGACAGUAGGAACUUCUGUUAAACUAGAUUCUUUAAUUUGUAAAUUCUAUUAAGCCUUGGAUAAAAUGCCAAUCAAUUUUAGAGGAGCAAGUUGAAAUUGUGAUA